AUGGCUCCAGGGGCGGAUGGAUGCGAGGCGGCCCCGGGCGGGCCCAAGCGGGUGUCCACGGGCGGCGGGGCGGGGAAGGAGCCGCAAAGCCGCGGUGGGGACCCCCGGGAGGCGAACGGGGCACGGGGAGAGGGGGGUGGAGCCGGGGUUGAAGGGCUGGCGGUGGUUGUCUUGCAGGACAUCGAUUUGAUUGACAUCCUGUGGAGACAGGACAUCGAUCUGGGCGCCGGGAGAGAGGUGUUCGACUACAGCCACCGGCAGAAGGAGAGCGAAGUGGACAAAGAGCUGAGCGAUGGGGACGGCUGGAGGAGAGAGCUCCUGGCCAGGAACCUCUUAGUUGAUGGGGAGACCGGGGAGAGGUUCCCUGCGCAGGUGCCCGGUGCGGAGGAUCAGACAGCGCUGUCCCUGGAGGAGUGCCUUAGGCUGCUGGAGGCCACCUUCCCGUUCGGGGACAAUUCGGAGUUUCCAGCUGCGGAUGUGUCCACCCUGAGCGAAGCCGUGCCCGGCGAGAGCCGGCCCGCGGGCGGCCAGCCCGGCCUGCUCCCCCCCCUGCUCCCCGAGGCCGAGUCGCCCUUCGACCUGGAGCAGCAGUGGCAGGACCUCAUGUCCAUCAUGGAGAUGCAGGCUAUGGAAGUGAACACCACGACCGCCGAGCCCCUGUACAACGGCACGAGCGGGGACCUGCUGGCCUCCAACUACAGCCUCGCCCCCAACACUCCCAUCAACCAGAACGUCAGCCUGCAUCAGGCCUCCCUGGGUAGCUGCUCGCAGGACUUCUCCCUCUUCAGCUCCGAGAUCGAAAGCCCCUCCAUGGCCGGCGGCUCGGCCCUGCUCCAGCUGGCGCCGGACAACUCCACCGGCCUCAACACCACCUUCGGCUCCACCAACCUGAGCGGCAUCUUCUUCCCCCCGCAGCUCAACGGCACCGGCAAUGAGACAGCGGCCCCCGAGCUGCCCGACCCGCUGGGGGGGCUCCUGGAUGAAGCCAUGCUGGACGAGAUCAGCCUGAUGGACUUGGCCAUCGAGGAGGGCUUCAACCCGGUGCAGGCUUCGCAGCUGGAAGAGGAGUUUGACUCCGACUCAGGUCUUUCUCUGGAUUCUGGCCACAGUCCUGCUUCUCUGAGCAGCUCCGAAGCCUCCUCCUCCUCCUCCUCCUCUUCUUCCUCCUCAUCCUCUUCCUCCUCCUCCUCGUUUUCCGAGGAAGGAGCCGUCGGCUACAGCUCCGACUCUGAAAACGUGGACUUUGAAGAAGCGGAAGGGGCGGUUGGAUACCAGCCAGAGUACAGCAAGUUCUGCCGCAUGAGCUACCAGGACCCAUCGCAGCUCCACUACCUGCCUUACCUGGAGCAUGUUGGCCACAACCACACCUACAACAUGGCCCCGGGGGCCCUGGAUCCCGAGGAGCCCAAACUGCCCAGCACCGGGAAGAAGAGCAGCAAGGAGAAACCGUCCGAGUUCCUGGACAAGCAGAUGAGCAGGGACGAGCAUCGCGCCCGCGCCAUGAAGAUCCCUUUCACCAACGACAAGAUCAUCAACCUGCCCGUGGAGGAGUUCAACGAGCUCCUCUCCAAGUACCAACUCAGCGAGGCUCAGCUCAGCCUCAUCCGCGACAUCAGGAGGCGAGGCAAGAACAAGAUGGCUGCGCAGAACUGCCGCAAGAGGAAGCUGGACACCAUCCUCAACUUGGAACGGGACGUGGAGGACUUGCAACGGGACAAGUCCAAACUGCUCAGGGAGAAAGUGGAAUUCCUUAAAUCCAUCCGCCAGAUGAAGCAGAAGGUGCAGAACCUGUACCAGGAGGUCUUCGGCCGCCUGCGGGAUGAGAACGGGCAGCCCUACUCGCCCAGCCAGUACGCGCUGCAGUACGGCACCGACGGCAGCGUGCUCCUCAUCCCGCGCGCCGCCGCCGAGCAGCCGGUGCGGCGCCAGGACCGCAAACAGAAGGACCGGAGGAAGUGACGGGAUGGGCGCCGCGGGAGGAGCGGGACACUCGUUCAACUGGGAGAACUGGAGAAGGGCUGAGCCUGGAAGUACUUAGAGGAACUUUCAAUGCCUUCUUAUCCGAUCCUAUCUUCUCAAAACCACGACCCACACCAACCCAACCCACACGAGCAAAGGGGACUGCUGCCGGCGGGAGACACUGCGGGACCUGCGGGCGGAGCGCUGGGGGCUGCCCGCCGCCGGAAUUCCACAGCUUUGGAAUCCUUUGAGCGCAGGACACGAGCUGGCAGCACUGGCGGUGGGCUUGGCAGAGGCGGAUAAACAAACUACUGUUAGGAACUGGCUUUAAAUAAGAGAAACAAAAAAGAGAUUUAAGCAAAUGAACUUAAACCAAGUGAUAGGAGAGACAUUUUCUGAACUUCCAAAGUUCUGUGAUUUCAGGUAGUUGGUUUAUUAUUAUUUUUCCUUUUCCCUA